AUGGCAGCAGCAAGCUGGUACCACCGGGACAUCAGCAGGGUGGUGGCGGAGGAGCUGCUGGCCAAGGCUGGGAGGGACGGCUGCUUCCUCGUGCGUGACAGCGAGUCGGUCGCGGGGGCAUACGCUCUCUGCCUCCUGUUCCAGCGCCAUGUCCACACCUAUCGCAUCCUCCCCGACGACGAGGGGCUGCUCUCCGUGCAGACCAUCCAAGGCAUCCAAGCCAAGUGUUUCCGCACCCUGCCUGACCUGAUCGGCGCCUACCAGCACCCCAACAACGGGUUGGUGACUCCCUUGCUCUACCCCGUGCACCGGGCGAAGGGAGCCCCUGACGAGGACUCAGGCAUCGAGCGCGGUGCUGGCUGGGGUGGGCACGUGGCUCGCCGCCCUCCCAGCCCAAAGCAGCUGCACCAGAGGCUGCAGGAGCAGGUGCACAGCAGCCCAGCCAGUGACUUCAUGGGCUUUAUAGCCGAGUACCUGAACCACCACCUGCAGCUGGACCUGGAUGAUCUGCGCCAUGGGCACCCACAGCUGCGGCACCUCAGCACUGCACUGGUCACUGCCUGCAGGGCACUGCACAGUGAGAUUGACUUCACAUUGGCAGGACUGGAGACACUGGUCAGGGUGUUUGACCCCCCCAUGUCCCCUCGCAGCCCAGCCAGGGAGCAGGGUCUCCUGAGCAGUGAUCCAGACCUUGAGCUGCUCCUCCACAAAAUAUCCACUGUCAACCAUCUCCUCUCUUCGCUGGAGAAGAAGGUGCUGAAGUCACUGCAGGAGACAGUGUCAGGGCACAACCUGGCACUGCCCAGCGUGGUGGCAGCUCCCCCACCAGCUGCUAAGCCCCUGGCUGUGCAGAGCUUCGAGGUGAAGGUGGGUAAGUCUCAGCGAGCAGCCUUGAUGGUGGACGUGGAUUCUGGCACAGUGACCAUCACCAAGAAGGGCAGUGGGUCCCCAGAGGAGAUCAUCCCCCAGGACAAAAUCCUGCAGCUGAUCAAAUACCAGAGCAUGAAGAGCAAGGUGAGGCUGGUGUGUGCCAGAGAGCCCCAGAAGGACCUGAGCAGGGACUUUGUCUUCUCCAACGCAAGGAAACGAGAGGCCUUUUGCCAGCUGCUGCAGCUGAUGAAGAUCCAACAUUCCAACCUGGAUGAGCCUGACCUUAUCUCGGUGUAUGUUGGGACAUGGAACAUGGGCAGCACACCACCACCCCGCUCCCUGGCCUCCUGGCUGACCUCCAGGGGCUUGGGGCACACCCAGGACGAGACCACUGCCUGCAUCCCCCACGACAUCUAUGUCAUUGGCACCCAGGAGAACUCCCUGGGCGAUCGCGAGUGGGUCGAGUUCCUCCGCGCGUCCCUCAAGACCCUGAUGGCCAUCGACUACCGAGUGGUGGCCCUGCAGUGCCUCUGGAGCAUCAAGAUCGUGGUGCUGGUGAAACCAGAGCACGAGCGACGCAUCAGCCACGUCCACACCUCCAGCGUCAAAACUGGCAUCGCCAACACGCUGGGAAACAAGGGAGCUGUGGGUGUCUCCUUCCUUUUCAACGGGACCUCCCUUGGCUUCGUCAACUGCCACCUGGCCUCGGGCAGCGAGAAGACUCACAGACGUAACCAGAACUACAGUGACAUCCUGCACUCCCUGGCCCUGGGGGACAAACGUCUGGGAGGCUUCGACCUCACCCUACGCUUCACCCACCUCUUCUGGUUUGGAGACCUCAACUACCGCCUGGACAUGGAUGUGCAGGACAUCCUAGCCCAUGUCACCAAGAGGGAUUUUCAAGCCCUCCUGGCUGUCGACCAGCUCACUCUGGAGCGGGAGAAGAACAAGGUGUUCCUGCAAUUCAGUGAGGGUGAGAUCUCCUUCCCACCCACGUACCGGUACGAGAGGGGCUCCAGGGACACCUACGUGUGGCAGAAGUUCAAGCACACAGGGACGAGGAUCAAUGUCCCCUCGUGGUGCGAUCGCAUCCUGUGGAAGUCACACCCGGAGACCCACCUGGUCUGUAACUCCUAUGGCUGCACCGAUGACAUCGUGACCAGUGACCACUCACCUGUCUUCGCCACCUUCGAGGUGGGAGUGACGUCGCAGUUUGUGUCCAAGGAGGGUAAGGAGUUGGGGUCUGUCACCCUCUGUGCCCAUGAGGGGGUGAUCUUGGAGAUGAUCUAUAAGCCCAGGAGCCGCAGCAAGUGCUACAUCGAGUUCCACUCCUACUGCCUGAAGGAGGUGCAGAGGAGUGGGGAGAACACCUUCCAGAACUGUGACAUCCCUGGAUUCCUCAAGCUGGGCUGGUCCUCAAAGCAUCUACCUGUGCUGAACCCCAUCCUACCAGACCUGGAGUACCUUGGGGACCAGCACCUGCUCCUCAGCAUCAAGGGUGUGGAGAGCUGUGAGUCCUAUGGUGAGUGCUGCAUUGCCAUGAGGUCAAUGAUUGGCAGCACAGCACAGCAAUUCGAGACCUUCGUCUUCCACCGCGGGGAGGAGACAGGCUCCAUGCGUGGCUGGAUGAGGGUCAGAGUCCCCAAGGACCACUGCAGCACCCGCGAGAGGCUCUAUGGUAAGGGAAAUCCACACCAGCUCCAUCCCAGCGCCCUGGGACACCGUUGCCCCAAGCCACUCCCACCGCACCUGAGGAGCAGACCCCGCAGCCUCCCAGAGCCAGCCAGCAGCUACACCAACCCAGCCUACUUCAUCUUCGAGGGCAUCCCCAACUCGUGGAUGUCCGCCCCUGGUGCAACCCACAGCAAGCAGGCAGAGAGCCCAACUGGGAGCCAAUGGAGCCGGAGCCCCCCUGGGGCACAGGUCCCUUCACCCUCGGAGGAGGAGCACUGGGGUCGGCGCCGCUGUGGACCACCAAGCCCAUCCCAUGGGCCACUAAGCCCCCGCGGUGUGGGCCAGCAGAAGAGACCCAAAUCAGCCAUCCUGGGGCCAGGGGACUGCUCUCUGCCAGCACUGCAGGUGGCACUGGGCCAGCUGGACCAGGUGUGCCCCAAGCACACGGGGGACAAUCAGGAGCGCCAGAGCCACCGCCUCCUGGAGCCACCACCGCGGCCCCACCGGGACCCACCGAGGCCACUGGGAAAGAGAGGAGCUCUGGGGGCUUUGGACCUGGAGGCUCAGCCUCCUCACACGGCAGAUUUGCAGCCUGCAAGGAUGUAG